AUGGAUAUAAUAGUGUCAUCAUCCAAUUCCAACGAACUAGUAGAAAUGACAGUAGAUGAGACAACAAUUAGUAAAAAAUCAACAUCUAAUUAUGAACAAGAUAGUAUAAAUUUUCUUAAAAGAUUCGAACAAUGGACAGAUAGUGAACAAUUAAAGAUUGUAGAAGAUUCAUUAAAACGUAUGCAUCAUUAUCAAUUAGGAAAAAUUAAUCAAAUUUUAUUUCCAAUGUUACAACGUGAUUUUAUUGGACAAUUAUCGACAAAAGGACUAGAACAUAUUGCCGAAAAAAUUCUCAGUUAUUUAGAUGAUAAAUCAUUGAUGGCUACCGAGCUUGUCUGCCAAGAUUGGUAUCAUGUCGUUUCGCAAGGUAUGUUAUGGAAAAAAUUAGUUGAACGAAAAGUAAUAAAUGAUACAUUGUGGCAUCGUUUAUCUGAGAAACGUGGCUGGAAUCGUUAUUUAUUUCGUCAAAUGUUACAAAAUGGUGAAUUACAGAAAACACAUGGAUUUUAUCGUCAAUUAUAUCCACAAAUAUGUAAAGAUAUUGAAAAAAUUGAAACAAAUUGGCGUACGGGAAAUUUUACUUUACAAAAAAUUCAAUGUCGAUCACAGAAUAGUAAAGGUGUCUAUUGUUUACAAUAUGAUGAUGAUAAAAUUGUCAGUGGACUAAGAGAUAAUACAAUUAAAAUAUGGGAUCGAAAAACAUUAGAAUGUACAAAAGUUUUAACUGGACAUAAUGGUAGUGUUUUAUGUUUACAAUAUGACGAAAAAGUGAUUAUUACCGGUUCAAGUGAUUCAACUAUACGUGUAUGGGAUGUUAAAACUGGUGAAUUAUUGAAUACAUUAUUACAUCAUUGUGAAGCCGUAUUACAUCUACGAUUUAUUGAUGGGACAAUGGUAACAUGCUCAAAAGAUCGUUCUAUAGCUGUAUGGGAAAUCAAUUCACCGACUGAUAUAGCAAUACGUCGAGUACUUGUUGGUCAUAGAGCGGCUGUUAAUGUUGUCGAUUUUGAUGAUAUAUACAUAGUGACUGCAAGUGGUGAUCGAACAAUUAAAGUUUGGUGUACGACAACGUGUGAAUUUGUACGAACGUUGUUAGGACAUAAACGUGGUAUAGCUUGUCUGCAAUAUCGUGAUAAAAUUGUUGUUAGUGGCAGUUCAGAUAAUACAAUUCGCAUAUGGGAUAUUGAUAGUGGUGCUUGUUUACGAAUAUUAGAAGGCCACGAUGAAUUAGUCCGAUGUAUUCGCUUUGAUUUAAAACGCAUUGUUAGCGGAGCGUAUGAUGGAAAAAUAAAAAUAUGGGAUUUACAACUAGCACUUGAUCCUCGAUCACCAGCUCAAUCGCUCUGUAUUCGAACAUUAACAGAACAUACCGGUCGGGUAUUUCGUUUACAAUUUGACGAAUUUCAGAUUGUUAGCAGUUCGCAUGAUGAUACAAUCCUUCAAUUUAAUUUCUCAAGUCUUACCAAUGCAGAUAAAGUACCAACAACAACAGCACCGACUCCUAAUAGACAUUCAUCUCAUCAUAUUCAUCAUCAACAAUCACCACCACAUGUCAUUCUAUCAACGCCACCAUUAUUUCCUGUCUGUUCUGUUAAUUCAGCAAAUAUUCUUCCAUCUGUACCUAUCACUCCGUCCAAUUCUGACAUCCCGCCAUCAGAUGCAAUUAAUUCAAACAAUAAAGUAGUUCAGUCACAAAUUUCAGCCACAUCAACAUCAUCUAUAUCCUCGUCUUCCUCUCAAACCCUAACGGAUAAUUAA